CGAGGAUCUCCGCCUUCGCCUGCAUUCCCGCCAUUUCUCCGCCCUCUGCAGCCCCAAAUCCCCAACCUCCUCCUCCUCUACCUCUCGAUGUGCCGCCGCCGCUGGGGCUCGAAAAACCCUAAUUCACGGCUGGACCUCCGACUUCCCUCUCUCUACCGAACGCUAGAUCGAUGGGCCCCACUCAUCGGGUUCUGGCGCCCAGAUUGGGAACUCCAAGAACAUCCAGGCGCCGCCGCUCGUCCUCUUCGAAUGGGCCCAUCGUCGAUAAAUGCGUCGAGGUUUCCCCCUCGAGCGAGCCCGGGAGCUACGGCGUCGUAAAGAAGCCCGUUUUUAUGGCUUGGGAUUUCUAAAUGCGGGAGCGCUGUGAGUUUCUUAUUGGGUUCCGGAAUGGGCGAUUCGGAGUCGGAGGUUGUGCCGGUUAGCGUGAGCUUCAUGGGCGGGAACCACGUUGUCGUGGAGGAGAGCGGCGGAGGGGGAGGGAGUUUGUGUCUUGAUUCGAGAGAGGAGGAGGACCUUAGGGUUUCUGGGUCGCCGCCUGACGAGGUUACGUUUGAGAUUUAUCGGUAUUUUGCAAACAGGACGAGCCCGGGUGGGGAUAAGGGACUGAGGAAGCAGAGGAGGAAGAAAUUUGGGAGGAAGAGGUGGGAUGCCGAGCAUUUUGUCAAGAUUGAGAAUUGCUGCCCUAGUCUGGCGCGGCCUUUGCAGGGUCUUUGGAAGGGGAUUUGUGAAAGCAUGUACUUGGAUUUCUAUCUCGUAACUUAUGAUGAUGUUGGAGGUUUAACUUGCCGACGGGUUGGCGAUUCAAGAGAGCCUUUCUCUGGCUAUUCCCCUGUCUUCUGGACAUCGAACACUUCAUUUCUUAGCUCCCCAUUUUCUAGGGACGAACAAAACCUUUAUAGUAGCCGCCAACAUGUUGCUCCUAGUCAUAAUGACAUUGAGAAUGGAGUUGUCUCUCGGAUUCUCUCGAUCAAUUCGAGUUAUGAAUUGGUGUUACCAAAUAUGCCCGGCUCUUCUGGUGAUCCGCGGAAUGUGGAAGGCAGGAUAUGGGAGUACGAGAAUGGCACAUUUGGGUUUGGGUUCCUUAGGAAUAAUUUUAUUGUUGAUUUGAAGCACAUUGCUUUAAAUGGGUGUCUUCUCGGCACUAUUGAGUAUUGUACUAGUAGUUCUAGUCCAUGAUUGAUUAUAGGAUAUAAUUUGUUCAGGAAAAAAAAAAAGAAGAACAACUUGUAAGAUAUCAUGUAGAAAACCUUGUUUAUGUUUAUAUUGGGCCAAUGUUGUAUGGUUUUAGGGUCUGUAAGAUUCCUCAUGAAUAAGAUAAUUGCAUAUUUGCUUUUUCUUUGUGAA